AAAGAGCAUACAGCAUGGUGCUUGGUGGGACACUGACCUUCAUCUCCUACAGACCAGGACCACAGCUGAAGCAGAACAGAUUGUUUUGAGCCCGAGUCAAAAAUGGAUGACUUUGAAUACAGCGUGGAGAUCUGUGACCGUGACUGGGAACGCUUCUUUGCAGAAUGCGAGGAGUGUAAUCUGCUUCCUCCUUCAUUAGCAGGUGUGGAUGAUUCAGGGAUGAGUGACAUUGAUGAUACAGGAGCCAUUCUUGCUAGAAGAGCUCAGAGAGUGGAGCUAACAGCAGGCUUUUCAGAAGCUGACCGCCCCAUUGAUGGACCCCCACACUGCGAGGGCUCUCCUGUGGAGCAUUACCUCAGCAAACACAGCACCAGUGGAAUGGAGAGCGUCCUCUCGGGCAGCGAGGAGGACUUACACCUGCAGUCUGUCAAUAUUUUCUUUGAAAAGCUGAAAAGUCUCACAGAGGCUGAGCAGCCCUCAGAGCCAAGCCAAGAGAGAGAUGGAAAAAUCAGAGAGGAGGAGCGCUGUAGUGAUGGGCAACAUGCCAGUGAAAGUGCUCUGCCAGAAAACAUCCCCAAGUUAAACUCUCUGCCUGCCAGGGGUGAAGCAGCAGUUGGCAAAGAGACGGCGAGGCCUCUCGACACCAUCAGGAACAUAAACACAAUGAAAAAAGUCGAGGCUGAGUCCAACAUUUCUCCAGAACCCACAGUCGAUAACUCAGAGCUCAAGACUAACAAAUCAGCUGCAAUAGAGUUAUUCAUCAGAGAGGAAACCUGCGCAGAAACCAAAGUAAAUGAGGUAAUACAUCAGUCUCAUGACUCACCAGACGUCUGCUCAGAAACAACGGCUCACGCUUACAAUGUGGAAACGCGCACACCUCUGGAUGACGUAAAGCAGGAAGGUUUGUUGGCACCUCUCACUUUAGAAAAUGUUAAAUGGAGGGAAGACCAAACAUUUAAUGUUUUACAGUCAGAUACAGGAAGUACAAACAAAGCAGCGAGCCAAGAAUCAUCUCCAUCUGCCUCCAUCAAAAGGAAAAAGAGAAAGAAGAGACGACUCAGUGUGGAGCAGAGUGAGGGGGGGAAUAUUUAUGAGAGGCAGGGUUCGGUUAAGCAGAGUGAUUCAGAAGAGGAGCGGUAUGCUUUGAGACGAGGAGCAGGUCAGUGUGUAUCUGAGGAUUUUAAUUCAUUUUAUUUAAAUGAACCACAAAAAAUACCCUUUACUCCAUAUUCAGUUACCAACAAUUUCCCGCUAAAUAUAUCUGCUAAAAAUGUAAAAGUAAGUGAUCUUUCCCACUCUGUUCUUCCACAUGACAGUCAGUACCAGUAUUUGCCAGAAAGCGUAGUUAGACAGAAAAGGUGUACAGUAACAGGCUCCGCUGAAAACAUUUCAGCUAGCAAUAGGUCAGUAACCCCACUAAGUCAAACUGAUCACAGUUUGAUGUCUGUGCCAAACAGCAGUGCCAAUGUAACAACAAAUUCACAGCCUCGCAGCAAGUUACAGGUAGAAGAAUCUGCUGGACCGAAUGCAUAUUCUGGGCGCCCAGUUUCAAUUGCUGGCGGUGUAACUGGUAAAUCAGGCAUGGCUGGAGAAAAUCAAAGCAAGAAUGAAAACACAGGGGCUCUCCAGCAGUCUGAUGAAAGAGAACAUUCUGUCACUGGUUGUGAAAAGGAACAAAAUCCAAAAUGUUCUCCAGCAGAGGUCGAAUCAGCAGCUCGCAGUCUUUUACCGCGUGCAGAGUCAAAUGCUCCUGCUGUGGAAGUCAGCCAAAAUGACAAACUAUCCGCUGCUAUGACAGUCCUGGCCGGAGAGGCUGGAAAUUCUGGCAGAGAAGAGCACACACUGUGUCAAAAGGAGGCUGAGCCCCAACAACAGCUGGAAAUGGACUGUCACAACACAGACCAAUAUAGCACCCCGCUGGAAAAGACUCAGUUUUCUGCGUCUGCAACUGCUGGGAUUAUUUCUCACGCUCUUAAUACAAAACCUCAACAGUUUGAAACCGGAGCGUGUCCAUUCCGAGAUGAGGUUUCCAAUAAAGUAACUUCCACUAAUUUGACUUCAGAUUGUAUUAAUGCUUUGCCUGAUAAAAGCUGUCUGUCUAAAAGUCCCUCAAGUUUAGAUACAAAUAAUACAGUAGAUCAAAUAGAUUCUUGUGCAGAGGUUCAACCUUUGUCCAAAUGCGAUGUUUUAUCAGAGAUAAACUCUAAAGAGGAUAGUGCUCAGUUCGCAGCAUCACAAAUACAGGUUUUAACAAGUAACAGUCAGACAGAAACCAAAUCGUCCUUGUCUGAAGACUUACUGACAAGUCCUUCAGAAAUCACACAUGUAUCUUCCUGCUGUACUCUGGACAUAGAAUCUCUCACGUCGCUCUCAAAUGAAAGUAUCACUGACAUGUCAGUUAGUUCUUGUUCAUCUGUCAGUGAGCAUGAUUCUGAAUGUCAAGGAGAAAAAAAGACACUAAUCUUGGCAAAACACAAGGAAGAAGAUGUUACGUCUGAACUCAAAAGCAAACCAGGAUCAGAAUGCGACUUACUGGGUGGAACAGUGGAUACCCUCACAGCAUGCAAAGCUGAACGCAGACCUGAAAAGGAACCAAAUUCUGUGUUUGCCAUGUCUUCUUUUUGGAGAGAGAUGGAGAAGCUGACAAUAAAUGACAUUUUGGGUUUGCGAAUGACCAACAAAAGAGCCCUCCCGCCUCUGCAGGAAAGUGAGGAAACAAACCUGUUUGCAAUGACUGAUUCCGGCUUUUUUACUCAAGUGGAUGAGUCCAAACUUGAGCAAACCAACGAGGAAACAUCCAGCGUUCUUGAUUCUGUAGAAUCAAGUUUACAUUCUUCCCCUUCAAGAAGUGUGAUGUGGGAGAGUGAACUUGUCUCCGUGAGCAGAGAGGCCGAUAUUUACCCGGAGAAUAUGAUGUUGACAUCCGUGGCUGACACUUCCCAAACUGUCAUCUCUGAAACGGCUCAGCAGGGCCUCAGAAAGAUUUACAAAAAUGUCAGCGUGCAAAAUUUACAUGCCCUGGAAUCUGACUCUUUCAGCUACAGAAGGAAAGGUGACACUUUGCAAACCUUAGAUGAAGGAGAAUCAGAGUAUUUCUCUGAGGGAUUUGUGCCUAAGCAAGGAAGAGACGCUGCCUCCUUGUCAGACACAUACAGCAUCUCUCUCAUAGAUAUAUUUCAGUACUUCUUCGGAGGAAAACAAUCCGCCCCCAGUCAAUCAGCGACAGAUAACAUGACCGCCUUCUACACUGAUGGAGAUUCUGUCCCUGAAACAUAUGAUCACUUUUUCUCUGAGUUUGAUACAGAAACUUUCUUCUACCCUCUCAUCACAGCUGAAGAUAAGGCCCAAGACAAGCCAGUUCCCAUCUUUUCCUACUCUCGCUCAGCUAAUAGAAAUCUGCAGUUCCCAGAGGCUUAUGAUUAUUUCUUCGCAUCAUCAUCAUCGGAUGAUUCUUCCGUGGAAUCUGAUGAUGAAGAUACAUGCAGCCCCGUGAGGGUGGUGUCCCGGUUCAGCCACGACAUCUACAGUCCAGAAGCCAAGGUCAACCUCUCUGUCUCCUGUACCUGUAAAGCCAAGUGGCAGAUCCCUUCAGAGGACUGUUUCUCCACUUAA